AAAAAUGGACUUAUGUCAAGUUUCCCCUUAAAUUAAAGAGUGUGAGGGGGAGGCAGAUAGAUCUCAUUCUUAAGUAGUUGUCCUAAUUAAUUUCCUUCUUAACACUUGCUAUAUGGUAGUGACUGCUUUCUGCUAGUGCGAAUAAAUUUCAACGGCUGCCAUGAAUGUUGAACAGCCCCGUUCAUCUCGUGAAUCUGCCUCCAAACUGCUGAAACACUUUCAGUAUAAUCCAGAACGUGACUCGGAAACCGACGUAAGAAACGUUCUGUUAGUGGUGGCGGCCCUGAUUACUGCAGCAACCUUCACAGCGGGAUUGAAUCCUCCUGGUGGUGUUUGGCAAGAAACCGACUACGGUAAAGCUAACACCACGAGUGAUGACCACUUAGCCGGUCUUUGGUUGAAGGGUACAAAAAGCUCUGCAAAUAGCAACUCGGCAGCAUAGCAAGGCUUUCUGGAGAAAUUGUUUAGUGCCUAUGCAGGUUGAUGUAAGUUGUAAUAUGUCAGUGUAAGUUGUAAUAUGUCGGUGAUGCCUAUGCAGGUUCAUGUAAGUUGUCAUAUGUCAGUGUAAGUCGUAAUAUGUCAGUGAUGAGUAACAAAAUAGUUUAGUUAAAAGAUAACGUGUGUUCAUCAACUUUGAGUGCAUCCAUCUUAUAAACUGUUUGUUUACCA